CCGAUGAAAGGUAUAGCUAAUAUUUACUAAUAUUUACGCAGUGUCCUACGUGAGCGAUCAGUUGCGAUGCUGAGCGAAGCGAUGCGAUGCGUCAAAAUCAAACGGCUGUCGAUCAUAUGGCAUGGCCUACGUGAGCGAUUGCACGCGACGAGCGGCGUACAUACGAUACAAAGCGAUGCGACAUAAUCAGUUGGGUUGAUAAUUUCGCGCGAUUCGCACGUGAUUGUCGGAACUAAAUCAAAGCAUGGAUCUAGAAAUGUUAAUCAAUUUAAUACAGGAACGUCUUGUUUUGUGGGACAGGAGAAAUAAGAGUUACCACGACAGACUAUUCACGCACAGAGAAUGGGAAAAGGUCGGUGAAGUCAUGGGAACGACAUAUGAUACCGUCAAGAAAAAAUGGAAACAUCUGCGAGAUACUUAUUGUAGGGAAUUGAAAAAAAUUCCAAAACCCCGUUCAGGAGGUGAUGCUGAUAGCGAACCAAAAUAUAAAGGCACAUGGCCUUAUUUUGAAUGCAUGUCAUUUUUAGGAAUAAUAAUAAAGCCUCGAAAAACCACUGGUAACAUCGGACAAUCAGAAAAUUUACAAGAACUCUCUAACGAAGAAAGCAAUAGUACAAUUCUAUCGGAAUCGGCAACUAUGGAUGACGAAUCACAAAACACAGGUGAACAUAAUAUAAUUGUUGAAGAAAUUGGUGAGCUUGAGUCGUGGAUGUCUAUGGCAGACGACAGCAGUUCUACAGCAGAAACAGCAUGCACGCAAAGCAAUGAUCACAUCACUCUGCAACCAGGGACUACGAUUUCCACAUCUGGGCUAGACACACAAGACUGCAUCAUUCUCCAACAGAUGCCCUCUAGUUCCAUUCUUCAGCAGACGCCGUCACGUUCCAUGCCUCCAAAGCGCGCAGCUCCAGUAACACAAAAUCGCUCUUGUAAGAAAAAAAGAGUUGGCGAAGAAUCUCAUGAGGCUUUCCUUGAAAUUGAAAGAGAGAAAAUAAACUUUUUGCGUAAGGAACAAAUCAACGAGGACGAUGAUGACAUAUGCUGGUUCAAGUCUUUAUUACCGUUUAUGAAACAACUCCCAGCAUUAAAUAAACUGCAGUUUAGGACACAUAUGCAACAAAUAUUAAUAAAAGAGCUGGAAAAAAUGAUUCAGCUUUGCCCUCCUCUAAGGUUACUCCUACAAAUAUGUUAG